AUGACCAUCUUCCACUUAAUCUCAAGCAGGAUCAAGCAGAUAACCCUCACUAUUAAAUGUGUCGGAGGUGUUAUCUUUAAUGCUUUCAAUGAUAUGACCCUUCAAGAGAUGCAUGACAAUCACAAGGCUGUUGUACACAAUCCUAUGAUGGGUAUACCACAUACCCCCUUCUCCGUGGUGACUCUGAAGACCAUAUUCAUGCUAUAUUUUGUCAUACAUGUGCAUGAUGCUAAUGCAUUUCUUCAAAGUGUGAAGUAUUCUGCUCCUCAUGUAGCCAAGGACAUCAAAGAGAAGAGUGCAGCUGCUGAAAUGAAUCAUCUUGGUACCAGUGGUGCCAAUAUUUUCUAUUGUUCCAACUACCUUAGCCCUCAGCACAUUGAUUACUUAAGCAAAUACAGUUUGCCACCUCAUGGCACCAUGGCACCAGCUGCCUCGGUUAUUCAGCAUGCAAAAUAUCUUUGUAGAGGUGCUUUAUCUACAGGGGGCCAUCUUACUGUAAGGGAAAGGGAUAGGCAAAGGGCCCAUGCAAUUGCAGACAUGCACAGAUACAAAGGCAAGAAUGACAUCAACAAGAACAUUGAGGACAAGAACAACUAUAAGAAGCUCAAUAUUUAG